GCUCUCCUCACAGCUCUCAGGGAAAUUAAAUGUAAUGUAGCUCCUCGCGUCGUCAUAUUUACCCUGCACUGACAGUCAGAGAGAGGACAUCCACGAGACACUGCUGGAUUUACUCUGUUUUUCAAAGGAAACUUAUUCAAGUCCGUGCUGGAUUUUAGGUGCAACAUGACGUUUGAAGAACUUAAUGGAGAUUACUCUAUUGAAAGGAUGGAUUCUGUGAUUAAAGCUCUGGAGGAGGUCCUGCGCUCCGCGUUACCGCAGGGAUGUAUUACAGUUGGGGUCUACGAGGCUGCAAAGUCACUCAAUGUGGACCCUGAUAACGUAGUGCUGUGCAUCCUGGCCACAGACGACGAUGAUGUGAAGGAUGUGGCGCUUCAGAUUCACUUCACUCUCAUUCAGGCUUUCUGCUGCGAGAAUGACAUCAACAUCCUGCGGGUCAACAACACGCGUCGCCUCGCGCACAUCCUCGGGGGCGCCGGCAUGCACGGCAGCGAGCAGAUGGAUCUGCACUGCAUUCUGGUCACUGUUCCACAUGCAUCCACAUGGAAGAACCCAGCUUUGGGAAAAGUGAACCACUUCUGCAGAGAGAGCCGCUGUAUGGAUCAAUGGGUGCCCAUCAUUAACCUUCCAGAACGAUGAGGACAGC